AUGAUAGAGUCAGCAGCUUUCACUCCUGAUGGAAAAUAUAUUAUGACUGGAACUAAAAAGAGAGUGUUUUUAUGGGACUUUGAAUCAUUGACUAUACUUAAAGAAUUUAAAGGCAAUGAUUCCCCUACUUGAAUAAUGUGCUAUUUGGCUAAGUCAAAUGCAAUAGCAGGAACGGCUGAAAACAAUACUGUGAGGGUAUGGGAUAUUGAAGCCACACAAAAGAAAUUUCAGUAA